AGAAUUGAGGUUAUAUCACUGAAAACAACUUAUAUUAUUUUCUCAGUUCUCACUGCAUUGAUCACUGAUCCCUUGUAUAAUUUUGUUCUAUAAUUGUGUUGUUGAUAUAUUUCAGUUCAAGAAUACACCUGAGAGAACAUUGGAAUGGAUCAUCCUUCUAUGAUUGAACUUAAUCCCAACAGACUUCUACUAAAUUCAAAUUUUGAUGGUUACAAAUUGUCUUUACAGGAAAUCCCAUGCCAGAGGAAAGACUUAUUCAAAUCACUUGACAGGGUCUUCUUAAGUCCCAAACAAUACUCUCUUCUUCAUGCCAAACUAUUUGGUUUUCACAAUUACUUAGUUGGUGAUCCCUAUGAUGAAAAUGAUUCAGUUUAUUUUAUAGACUGUGAAUGGAACAUUUAUAAAACAUACAUUGAUCCUAUGUGCAAUGAACUCAUAGAUCCCAUUAUUAUAUGGUCACUACCAAAAGUGAGGGAAAGAGGAGCUGGUGACUACAAUGUAUCUAUGAGAUUUAUAUCAAGUAGUAUUGGUGUUAUAGGAGAUGGUACUGGAAUAUUGUACAUAAUCGAUACAGGGCUGAGGAAUAAUGAUGAUAACUUCACUGUAUUGUUUUCUGGAGAAGUUACAGGUCAGGAUGAACCUUUUUUAGUGAUUGAUGCAUCUAUGAGAUCAAGCAAAGAUGACAUUGAUGAACUGCAUGUUUUAUUACUGAACAUUCAACAGGAUAGUACAACUGAACAUUUUUCAACAAUACUUCAUUGGAUUGUCUUUCAUAAAAUAGACCACAAUUGGAGACAAGAUUCCAUAAGACAGUUGAAAUGUAGUGGUUAUAUUGAUUAUGCUUAUUUAGAGCAGAACUGUGAACAUAUCUAUGUAGUAAGUGAUAGUGAAAGCAAAAUUAUCUUAAAUUCCGAUUUUCCAGUUGGGAAGAGUCAACAACCUGAAACAGUUGAUGAAUUUAAAAAAUUAUAUAAGUGGUCACAAAGUGAUAAUGAGAUAAAUAUAAGAAUUCCAUUAGAAGAUAAUGUUGAUGAAGGGCUUAUAAAUGUUUCAUCAGAAAAAACUGAAAUAUGUAUCAAAUAUGGUGAACAAAUUUUAAUAUUGGGUGAAUUGUACCAAAAGAUAAAUUCCCAUAUGACUACAUGGACCUUGAAGCAGAAUACCUUAGAAAUUGUUUUGAACAAGGAGGAAACUGGAACAUUGUGGAGAACAUUUCUGAGAGGAGAUCAAAAAGGGGAAUAUGAAAUGGAUACUUGCAUCAUUGGACAUGAGAGACCUACAUUUCAUUGUAAGGAUACUGAGGCAUUACCACCAUCUGGCAUGACCUUCAAUAGCCAACAAGUUGAAGAAUGUGAUUUUGAGAGUGACAAGUCUGUAACUUUUGAAAGAUUCAGUGGUUCAACCAACCAGGUCACUCAUAGAGUGAAUCUAGGUACUCAUCAAGUGCUUCUGAAAGCACAAUUACAUAAUGACCGAGCACCUGCAAUGGGAAUCAGGCAUGAUGUAGAUAUCUGUCUAUGGCAACCAGAAAAGAAUGGUGAUCAGUUUUCUAUCGUUCAUGAAGGAACACUAUUAGCACUGGGAUAUGUUCAGGCGUCGAAGCGGAACAGAAAAUUUAUCGCCUGUCCACCUGACAUGAGUUACUCAGUUAUAUGUGAAUCGUCUGGGCAUCUUUUCAUUUACAAAAAGUGCAUUGCGGUUUCCUCAGGGGAAGUGAGGAAUAGAUCUACAGGAAGAAGAGUUAACAACAUUGCACAGCAACAAGUAGUGAAUAUAUCUAAUGAUGAAAUACUUGGAAUUUAUUGUACAAAUACGAGUUUGUUUAUAUUGAGUGAGAAAGAGAUUAGAGUUCUCAAAAUAUUAUAAACAUUUUAUUAAUAACAAGAUGUAUUCAUUAAAUCAAUAUUCUCAAGAAAUAAAUACUUAAUACUAGG